GCAUGUGUUGUGGUUGCGCAGGAGGUGUAUCUGUGACAGCUAGAAAGGCAAAGCAAAGCAAAUCAUAAGAAAUAUUUUACUCUUAUUUAGUUUUUGCUCUGUUUCCGAUGAACAUUUAAAAUAAUAACAGAACAAAUAUGUUCAGUAUUUGAAUUAGUGUUUGCAGUACCUGCGUAUAAAUUUAUUAAUAAAUCAUAAAAUGGCCACCGUUUUUGAUAGUCCUUUCAUUCGACAACGUUUGCAUCGUUUGCGGCAUCGCGAUUUUGACUUGGACGAAGAUCAGAGAUUUGGUCGAUGUGAUUGUACCAGUUAUUCCUAUUUUGUUCUAUCGAUGGUACUAUUUUCUGUAGGUACCGUUAUAACAGUCCUAGCCUUGGGAGACACAGAUGGCUACAUACUAAACAACUUAGGACACAUGUGGCUUGUUGGACCAAUAUUUAUUUGUUCUGGGAUGAUGGUUGCAGUUAAGAGCAUGCUUUAUUUACGAAGGAAGAGUGUUAUACAAAUGCUUUUACAUCAGCGUGCAAUUAUCAGGGACAUGGCAGCUGUACAGGCAGAGCAGACAUUUGGAGGCCAAGUACCUAGAACAGCCUCAAGCGCUACACUUCCUCCAUCAUAUGAUGCUUUAAUUGCCAGUGCUACUACAAGUAAGCCUCAGCCUUCAGGCUCGGAACCACCUCCACCCACAUACGAUGAAGCUAUGUACCUUAUUGAUGACGAAAAACUAAGAAUGGAAAAUAGAAUUGAGCAUAGUGCUAAACAAGAAACCAGUGACCAAACUUCUAGCAUCAACAAUGAUAUUAAUUUUAAACCGUGAAUUGAUUUACUUAAUUUUUUUGUUUACAAUAGUCAUGUAAGUAAAACUUAAUUCUUCCUUUGUACUUAUAAUUUGCAUUAGUGAACUAUGUAAAUUGAUAGUAUUCUCAGAUGUGCCUAAAUAUUGACUUGUUGGCUAUAUUGUUAAUAAGGUAUUUUAGAUAAUUAAGGGAAGCCUUAUAGCUUAAGAUGAUAUAAUAUGAAUUUGAUAAAGUUUUACCCUGGAUAUUUUGAAUAGCAAUAUGGAUUCAUAUAAAUGUAUUUUAGAAUGUAUCAAAGUAUGAACAAAAGUAGGUAUCAAAUUGUUUUUCAAGAUUAAUCUGAAGUUAAAAAUGCAAGUAGGAGUGCACUUAAAUGCAAGUAUUAAGUCUUGUCCUGUUUUUAACCGGGCUUGCCAAAAAGUUUGUGUGCCUAAAACUUUAUAUGGUGGAUAUGACAUUAUUUUUGUAUCAUAUUUUUAUUGAAUAAUAUUUGAAAUGAUGGAUAAAAUAUUUGCUAUAAUUAUCAUAAUGUUUUCAAUGAUAGUGUAUUUUGCAUGUUAAAAAAGUGAUUUAUAAAUUAAUUACAUAUUUGCAAUCAAAAUUGUAAAUCUUAUUUGGGUUUGCAGUGCAGCAUGUACUUUAAGAAAUAUUAAUAAAAAAUAGGCUUCACCACAGUAACAUUAGUUUCCGAGACCAAAAUCCUUGUAUAAAACAUAUAAUCCCACACAUUACCUUUGACAAAACAGAGAUAAAAAUGUGAUUGAUACAGGAAUUUUGUUUUGAGAAAUCAAUGAUUACUUAUGUAAUAAGGAUAGAAAGACACAGAAAAUCAAUAUUUAAAAUUUUAUUAAGCGAUGAACAAUAAGAAUUUAUAAUAAUUUUAAACUGUGAUCAUAUACUAUUAGUGAUAAACUAUAGUAUACUCAGAUAAUACAUUGAACUUGCUAAGAUAUAUUUGAUUAUUCUAAAUUUAUACAAUUGUUGCACUCUACCCUUUAUUUUUGGCCUAUAUUUUUGGACUUAGACAGUUUUAAUACUGUAGAAGUUUUCCUUUGAGUUAUAUUAAUUUAAAUUCUAUUAUGACUCAUUGUAAAAUAUAGUAAAACCUAUAGUAAAGGAAUACAAUGUGAUGUUAGACCUUUUGCCUAUAAAAUAAAACUGGUAAAGUUACUAGCUUCCAUUUUUUUUAGACUUCUCAUCCCAUUCACUAUUCAGAAAGGAAGAGAACAAAAGCUUCAUUGAAGUUGUAUUAUAUAUGAUUUAUGAAGGAUUGUACAUAUAUCCAUUUGAUCAACUCCAGUUUACAAAUUCCAUAAAUAAAAAUCUGCUUGAUUGUUUAGUAUAGAAUCUUACCAAUGAGAGAGAAAAAAUAACAAGAUAGGUAAUAUCAGUCUUAGGGUUUUGUUAAAUAAUAAUUGUCCUAUUUCCUUGCAUUUCAGUUUUAAGGUUAAUUUACAAUGUUUUAUUUAAUUCUAAUUUUUAAACAUAAAUAACAUUUUACAAUAAUUUCUUUUGUUUACAAAUGGAAGUCAGUCAAAACAAAACCUCGAAUAGAUUACUGGUCUGAUUUUGCACAUGAUGCAAAGACUGAAGCAUUUAUAUGUAUUAUUGUUGGAAAUUUAUAUAAAGAGCAAUGUUUUGUACAUAUAAUAGUUGUAAUAUUGAUCUGAUAAAAUACAGAAAGAGAAUUACAUCUUAAUAUGUAUUAUUCAAUUGUUUUAUAAGUAAUUGUACUUUUACAUAAUUAAAUGCAAAAAUUAUUUGUUUAAAUUUACUAUGUUAAUUAAAAAUGACUUAACGGGUUUAUGCUCAAUCAACUUUUUGUUAUGAGGCUAUUUUUUUUUGUAAUAAAUGUGUACAGCAACUCCCUUGAAAUUUAAAAGUCAAGUGCAAAGAGAGAUGAAAUACAGUGAUUCAAGCAAUUUUUUUUAAGUACUAUCAGUUAAGAUUUGUUGAUAACUUGUAACACUGAUUGUUUGAAAUACUGCAUUGCAUUUAUCUAGUCAAGAAAUUGAUUUUAUGAAUUAAUUUAUAAUUAAUUGCUUACUUCACUAAAACAUAAAUUACAUAUUCUUUUUCUCAU